AACACGUUUCGCAACCAAGCUUUAACAUCCUUUGUGAAACAUUUCUUGUCUAACCGUCCAACAAAAAUUUCAUCUCAGGAUGCCUGCAUGACUUGAUUAGAGGUGCGGAUUAGUUGGCUCAUGUCGCGUGGGGGGCUUUAUAAGGAGGGGACCCUGCAUGCCGAGGUGAGCUCGCAUCCUCACCUGGACUCAACGAAGACGCAACCGUCAUGGCUUUUCCUCGUGCACUCUUGCUGCUGUUGGUGGUGGCCGGGCUCGCGUCCGCUUGCCCCUGUGGCAGAAGGAGGUGUUGCGUUCGAGGCUUGAACGUUUACUGCUGUUUUGCAGACAAGGGUGAAAACGGAGUCAUGCAGUUGAGCAUGGUGCCGGCGCAAGCCGUGUCUCCCUACAACGCACACGCUCGCUCCUGCACGGGCUCCGUGUGCUCGGCCAAUGGAGAAUCUCGCUGCUGCCCCUUGUCUGAGGGUUCAUGCUGUGGAGAUGGGAAGUCAUGCUGUGGCAAAGGGACAACCUGCACUAUGUAUGGAGGGGUCAACCUUUGCCUUCCCCAUGCUGAAUUAAGCUUCCCAGUGGCCACGAUGUUGAACCGUGAGCAACAGGGAGGCUGCGUGGAGGACAGCGGCUGCCCCGCGGGCAGCAAGUGUCACGGGGUGACUGACGACACCGAGGGGCAGUGCGUGAGCUCGGCCGUGCCCAUCCCUGAGGAGGUGCUGUAGUGCCAUUUCCUAGGUGAUGGGCACUGCUGUCAGUGAUGCCUGCUGCUCUCUGAUCGAUAGCAGCCUGCUUACAUCGCCAGGUCUCUGUGCUUGCAACAGCAAGGCAUUGCAUGCGUACUUUCUUGAUUAUACAUGAUGCAACAGAUUACACGUUACAUUGGGUACACUGGCUGAUCAGGUUAACUGCAAUGUGUACGUUCUUGACAUUGUACACGGUACACUGCACACCAUGCCUUGCAAGCUGGGACACUGCAUUUGGCAAAGUUCUUUGAUCCACAUUCUGCCGGAAUCUCAUAAUAUUCCAGUUAAAUAGUGGUCGAGUAGUCAUAUUUACCACUUAUACAAAACAGAUAGAGUUCCCAUCUCUUGAAAGGUGAUGUGUCUUGAAGCUUACUGCUGAACAAUUUUUUUUUAAUGAUUUCAUGCCUCAGCACAUUUUUGGAACGGUCUCAUCACUCUUUUAGGAGCAACAUUUUUCAAUUUCUACCAAACAAUUUACUGACCCAAGUUGAAUGAGGAAUGGUUCAGGUGAAAUGUGAUUGGAUAAAUUAUGAUCAAUUGAUUACUAAAGCUGCACGGGUGAUGUUUCUUUUAUAGUAAUUUAUCAAUGUUGUCACCUGGUUCUCCGAGCGAGUUUCACAGGUCCAUCUGGUGGAUUAGAUCCUGAUUAAAUUGAUGAACUCAGAUUUCUGAUGAUCUAAUUGAACACGUGCUUGUCACACCCAACUUGACCCACUGGUGCAGCUUAUUAGUUCCUUAAAGUCAUGAACAGCAAUUGCAGUAUAUUUACCACCAGCUCUUCACAAGAUCACACACAUACAUAAGCACAACAUGCACAUGAUUUCACACGCUAAUACCAAAACAUCCACUGUGCAUUGGGUGCUUUUCCAACAAAUAACCAGGUUUUUUAUAUGACAUAACAUUAACUGCAAUUUUGAUUUUAAAAAAUUACAGUGAUUCUGCUUAAUAUGCGGGAGAUGAAAUUACAAUAAAGCGCUUGUACACCAUUUAAACAAGCAUGUGAAAUUACUCUAUCAGUGGUGUAAAACGUGGACAAAGCAUAUCAGACUUCGUGUGCUUAUUUUAUUAAAUGAUGCUUCAGCAAUAAAACAAUAAUCAAAGCCA